CCAGCUACGAGGAACUCACAAAACCGUUGUCAUUCAGUGUAGAAGACAGCGUUGCUAAGUGCCUCUCCGAGCAUUGGCUGUCGGCAUAACGAUGCGUGCAUCCGCACUGUUCGCGAUUUUAUUACAUCUUGCAAAAGAACUUUUCUUCUAUUUGACCGUUAGGACCUAUGACACAGUGAAGUUUUUAUUCCAUCAAGGGCUCCGCGAUGGACGCAAGAAGUGUCCGGCAUUACGGAAGCCCUUCCUCGCGUACUCAGCUACCAGACUCGCAAGGAUGAUCCGAAAUCAGGAGCUGACCUCUGAGGAAUUGGUUAGUGCCGUCAUUGCUCGAAUUCGCGAGGUUGAAGUCUAUUUGAACGCUGUGGUUGAUGAUCGCUUUGAAGCUGCGCUGGAGGAUGCUCGGAUAGCAGACGACGAAAUAGCGGCCUGUAAUAACAUCCCAAAAUUAGCCGAAGCGAAACCUUUUCUUGGUGUGCCUUUUACAGUGAAGGACUGCAUUUCAAUUAAAGGCAUGCUCGCUGAGGUGGGUAGUGAAGCUAGACGAGGUGUUCGGGCCAGUGACGACGCUGAAUGCGUCAAGCGCAUGGUUGCCGCUGGAGCAAUACCCCUGGCUAUUACGAACGUUGCCGAGAUGUGCCUCUGGAUUGAAUCCACAAAUCACCUCCACGGCCGAACAAAUAAUCCAUACGAUCUGCACAGAACUGCUGGGGGCAGUACCGGUGGGGAGAGCGCUUUAAUCAGUGCAUACGCAUCUGUCUGGGGAAUCGGCACAGACAUAUCAGGCUCUAUUCGCUUACCUUCAGCUUGGUGCGGAAUUUUCGGACACAAGCCAACCCCGGGGCUUAUCGCCUGUAAGGGAGUUGUUCCUGAGAAGAAUCUAGAGCUGAAGUUUACCCUUAACGUGCUGGGACCCAUGGCACGUACUGCGGAAGAUUGUAUAGGAAUGAUGAAGAUAUUGGCAAACAAUCCUUCUAAGUUGCGCCUAGAUGCCCCUAUCAACCUUUGCACUCUAAAGGUGUUUUUUUGCGAUCAUGAGGGCGCGUCAUAUGUGUCGGCUAUUCAGCCGGAGGUUCGUAAGCAGGUUCACCGAGUGGUGGAUUUCUUCAGGCAUGAUCUCAAAGCUCAGACAGCGCCACUUCCCAAACAGGAGAAUAUUGCGCGACACCAAGAAUGGUUUUUCAGCUAUCUCGCAGCCCAUAAGUUUCCUCCACUCAAAUUGGACUUCGAUAAGCCCGAAAAUUCGUGGGACCCGAUGACAGAGUUGGUCCAACUCAUUAGCGGUUUCUCUACUCGAACUAACGUUGCAAUCUGUGUCAACCUUCUCGAUGAGUUCUACCGAAAAAACUACGCCAAAUGUCUAAAAAGCUACGGGGAAUUCGAACAAUACAAACAACUGAUUUACGAUCUUCUUCAGAACGAUGGCAUCAUCGUCUUACCAGCAACUAUAUCCGUAGCGCCAUUUCAUCACGGGACUCUGUGCGCCCCGCCAGUGUACUUUGGGUUUAGUGGCCUAAUUAACAUCCUUGGCCUUCCAGCAACCAUGGUGCCUAUGGGUCUCGACUCGCGGGGCAUGCCUCUAUCUGUUCAAAUUGUCGCUGGCUAUGGCCAGGAUCGACUAACGCUCGCCGUCGCAAAGAAGCUCGAGGAGAAAUUCGGAGGAUUCAUUCCGCCUUGUCCAGUUUGGUAGUAGAUUUUGUGGAAGCAGUGUUUACCCCUGAAAGUUAACCCGAAGCGUGAUCUAGCACGCGCAAACAUAACUGAUCUUCCAGCCUGAAGAAAAACUACAGUAUGAAGCGGCCGUGAAAAGAAGACAUUUAAAUAAGUGUAACGCGACGAUGCGUCGAACAACAAGAAAGAUAAAAUUAAUUAAAGUCACAACGAUUUCGUCA